AUAUUAUUUUUCCAUGAUGACAGCUGAGGCUCUGCCUCACCUGCCUCCCCUGACCGCACGUCACUGGUUAGGACAACAGAAACUAACCAAGUGACCCUGAUUAAAAAAGUUUACAUAACAUAUUUCAUGCCAUGUGUUGCACCCUCAUGGAACCAGCAGCACCAGUUCUGGCUUUCGCUUCGGGUUCUGCCCCCAGGCUGUUUUGGUGCAGUGGUGCAGUACCUUUUCUUCUGGCGACUGAACCCUGCAGCCUUUUUUUUUUUUUUUUUUUUUUACAUCGGACUAAGUUAUUUGUGUUUUGUAUUGUUUUUUUUGUUUUUUUUUGGCAUGUCAAAUAACUUGUCGGUCUGCCUGACCUUGGAUUAGUUUCAACUGAAUGCCUCGUUUUUUACUUUUCAUGUCCCUUUUCUGUUUUAUACAGUUCAGUUACCUUCUAACACAGAUCCUUUGUUAAUAUAACUUUCUCAUGUGGUUAUGAAUCUAGAAAAAUCAGUGUGUUAUUGGGUGAAACCAUGAUAUUUUUUUCAGUGUAUGUAAACCUAUGAGCACAACUUCGGUUCUCUAUCUUUAUGCCAAAUGUACAAAAAGUAAAAAUAAUAAGCUACAGUAGCAGUCAUGACUUGAAUAUUCCUUGCUCACCACAGGACAAAGCUCUGUUGCUUGUCUGAGCUGUGUUCAAUUCAGUCAAAUAAAAGCAUUUCCUUUGGAUUUUAUAUGUAAGGUUUUGGCAUUGCAGGUUUGCAGUGUUACUUUUGUUUUCUGGUAUUUUAAUGAUCAUUUAUAUUCAAUAGGAGGGUCAUAUUCACCAAACAAUGUGUCCGACUCCGAGGGGAUAUUUCAUACUACACAGAUUCCAAAUGAAAGCAUAAUAAAAGAUGAGCAUCUCCAGUAAUUUGAAGUUGACCUAGUGUGGAAGAGGAAAGUUGGUGUGUGAGGAAAAGCGGUUCCAACUAGACAUAGUUGGGGUUAUUUGUCUUAUAUCAUCAAUGUCUUGUGAGUAAUCUUUGUCAAGUGACUAUUUGGGACCACAGACACGGUUGGUGUCCUUUCUCGACGGGUUCAGUGCCUCCUAGUGGUCAAAAAAGUGAACUACGAACCGUCUUCAAUUUUUACAAAACUGUUUUAAAUAUCGCAUUGCUUUUCGUCGCUUUAAGACUUUUGUUUAAUUAUUAUAGCAUUUUCCACCAUCGGAGGACGUCUGAGUUACAGCAAGAAAACAGGCAACCUGUCGUUUUUCCUUCACCAUCCGCUCAGGAAUACUAAUCACAGUCAAGGUUUUGCAUCGCAUUUUCCUGACAGGAUGUCAUCUGAAAAUGCUGCGUCACACGAAGGCAGCCAGCCAUCUCUCGAAUCAAAAACUGAACCCUUGAGGAUUGUACUGCUGGGCAGGACUGGGACGGGCAGAAGCUCCGCAGGAAACACCAUCCUGGGUAGACCGGCCUUCUGGGUUGAGCUAUCCCCCUCUUCUGUCACCACAAGGUGCAGGAGACAGACUGGGACAGCAGGUGGUCGAAGUGUCUCGGUAAUCGACACCCCAGGGUUCUUCCAUACACACCUGUCCCCGCAGGAAGUCAUGGCCGAGGUGGGCCAGAGCGUUAGCUUGUACUCCCCAGGACCCCACGUGUUUUUGGUGACCCUGCAGCUAGGGAGGUACACCCAGGAGGAGAGAGAGACCUUGGAGUGGAUCAAGGUGAUGUUUGGGGCUGAGAUAUCCAGAUUCGCCAUGGUCCUGUUCACCUGGGGGGACCAGCUCCGAGGCAAAUCGGUCGAGUCCUUCCUGGACGAGAGUCCGGAGCUGUCCGGGUUCGUCAGCAGCUGCCAUGGGGGGUAUCACGUCUUUGACAACAGCAGGCAAGAAGGGACGUCGGAGUGCCCUGAGCAAGCCUUAACCCUUCUUAAAAAGAUUGACGAGAUUGUUUCAAACAACCGAGGCAGCUGCUACAGCAACGUGACUUUCAAGGAGGCUGAGAGUACAAUCAGGGAGGCGUGGGAGAGGAUACUGGAGGAGAGAGGAUCCAAACUUCAGGCGUCUCUUAAGGAGACCGAAGGAAAGGAGAACGUAAAAGACUUGGAGAGAGAGAGGAGAGAGGAAGAGGAGGCCAAGAAGAGAGCCGAGAGGCUGUUCUGGUGCGAGCUGCUGACUGCACUGGGCAGAGRGGCUGCAGAGGGGGCAGGCAUCAUGGGAAAGGACAAGAGCAAACCAGUGAAGAAGGCGAAGGUGGUGGAGAAGGCGAUGGGUCUGGCGGCGUCGCCGCUCUCCAUCAGAUCCGCUGCGAAAGUGCUGGAAGGAGCGGUGAAAGAAGGCAGCAAGGUACUGCAGAAACACAAAAAAACCCUGCUGCACUGACAGACUCGCUGACGACACGGUGGUUUGAGUCUCUGAAUCAAGAUGGACAAUCUUUAUUACUACAAAGACGCAAUGUGUUGAAAGGAAGACUCACAACAGCUUUCUGUUGAUCACAUCAGACACUUUCAGUCUCUCCACGUCUUAAGAGCACUUUAAGACCAGGAAGUAGUGUGAAUGUUUCUGAAAACAAAACAUGACCAGAUCUUUGAGCAAAGAGAAUUCCUCGUGUAAUAAAAGCAAAAAGUGGAUUUCUGAUUUCAUUGACCAACACUUUUGAAAUAGAAACGAGAAAGUUUAGCUAAAGUAAAACACUGCAGCUUCUUUGGCUUUUCAUAACACAAUAUGAUGUUACGCCCUUUUUUUUACCCCCCCCCCAACAACAACAAAAAAAACAAU